UUUAGACAUUUCCAAACAGUUUCCAAUUGUUCCAAAUCGAAAAAAAAAUAUUGCUUUUAUUGUAAACGCUAUGAAGUUUUCUUUAAUUUUCUAUUUCUAAGCUUUAAAAUUGAUAAAAACAAAUUUUAGGCAUUCGUUAUUAUGCAUGCAAGAGAUUGUUUACUGCAAAUUCACUCGAUUUUCACUUGACCCUUGUCGUGUCUUUAUAUGAGGAUGGUUAGGUUGUAUGAAAAGGUUACAACUUUACAAGAAACUGAUUUUUGGUCAUUAUGUUGUAUAGUACAUUUCAUGAAAUAUUGAGUAUAGCUACAGAUGCACUAAAUAAAGCUUUUAUGUUUUGGAAGAUUUUAUUAGUUUUAUCAAAUGGGCCAUUGUCUUAGCUGCUUAAGAAACCAAACAAGUGCUGAUGUAGUAACAACACCUAACAGAAAAAAGGAUGAGAUGACAAAUAUAGUCACUACUAAUCAAGUACCUACUGUCAUGAUUUCUGACUAUCCUCAAGCAGAACCACUUUUGCACAGCAAUGAAAAUAGCAUAAACUGUUACAUAAAUAGUAACAACUUGUUAAAUGCCAAUGCAUUAAACUCUGUGAACGAAAACUGCUCAGGUGAUACAAAUGCAGCUCAGAAAAUGCAUGUAAUAAAUGAAAAAAUUCCUAAAUCUUUUUAUCAAAAGUUACCAUCCAUUCCUCGAAGUAUGUCUUCCCUAGGGUCAAGUGAAUCUCGUGUGUCUGAAUCAAGAAUUAAUCAGUUGUUUGACCAGUACAAAGACAAUUCAGAAGAGGCUAUACUGGCAGAGGGCAUUGAGAACUUCUGCCGUGAUCUACAUUUCAAUCCAGAUGAUUUUGAAGUGUUAGUGUUGGCAUGGAAAUUAAAUGCUAGUCAAAUGUGUCGAUUCACAAAAGAAGAGUUUGUCCAAGGAUUGAAAAACAUGAAAACAGAUUCCAUAAAGAGUAUUCAACAACGACUAAAUGAUAUAACAGGUGAACUAACUAGAGAUUCAGAGCAAUUCAAGGAUUUGUACAGAUUUACUUUCAAGUUUGGGUUGGAUGUUAGCACUGGACAGAGGAUACUGCCAUCGGAUAUUGCUAUUGUACUUUGGCGCCUAGUCUUCACCAACAAUGAACCUCCUAUAUUAGAUAAAUGGUUGAGCUAUCUUGAGAGCAAUCCUCAUGUUAGGGGGAUUCCCAAAGAUACUUGGUACAUGUUUCUGAACUUUUGUGAAUUUGUGGGAGAUGAUCUUAGCAGUUAUGAUGACACAGAAGCAUGGCCUAGCUUAUUUGAUGAUUUUGUUGAAUAUGAGAAUGAUCAAAUGAACCAAAAUGUAUCAAAAAAUGAAAUCAAAAUUCAGGAUUAGAUUUCUGCAAUUGCCAAAUUGUAAUAACUUUAGAUACUUAACGAAUUGAGACUGAUAUAAUCUGAUAA